AUGGCAUUGACUUCGUGGAAAUCCUUCAACUUCUUUACCGUCACUCCCGUUAAGGCACCCGACGAAGUCGACAAAACACCUUCACGACCACUCUUUGAGGGCACAGACAUAACUGCUAUAGCUUCUGGUUCCGAUAGUAUAUUUAUCGGCACUUCCACAGGCCAUGUCCACGUCUGUAACUCCACCUUCAAGAUUGUUCGCUCUUUUCAUACACAUGAGAACGAUUAUGACCACUCGGGGAGUAUCAGACAUAUCAAACAAGUGGAAGGGACAGCUCUUUUAGUUACAGUGAGCGAAGACCUAAGCAAUGAGCCUGUUUUAAAGGUGUGGGCGCUGGACAAACCCGAAAAGAAGACAGGGUUUCCAAGAUGUCAGACAACCGUGAUCAUCAACAACGGGAGGAGACAAUUUCCUAUCUCUGCUUUUGCUACUACUCCUUCACUAUCGCUUGUCGCCGUUGGGUUUGCAAAUGGAUCGAUCACUCUGAUCCGCGGAGACCUAAUUCAUGAUCGUGGGACAAAGCAAAGAAUAAUCUUCGAGUCCGAGGAACCAAUCACUAACUUAUGCUUUUCACCUCCUGUUACUUCAUCAACUGCGGCACCCCAACCUGGAUAUAACCCUUAUAGAUAUCAUCCGGCGGCUGACGGCGGCGACACACUCUAUGUUUCCACAAUAGGCCGGGUUUUGACGUUGAUUACGGCUGGAAAAGGUACAGGUCAGCCAGCUAGGGUACUGGAAUCUCAGGGAUGUGGCCCUGGAUGCAUGACCCCUGCGAUUGACUUCUCCUCCGGCGAAAGAGGGCUUUCUGGAGAAGGUAACGACAUAGUUAUUGCUAGAGAUGACGCUAUCUACUUCUAUGGCCCUAACGGUCGGGGAGCUUGCUAUGCCUAUGAAGGUCCAAAAGAAAUGGUGAAUGUAUUCAAGAACUACAUCUCGCUUGUUUCACCACCAGCCUCACAACCGUCAACGGCAGCUCGGACGGGGGGCGUUUCUAAUACUUUGAAAAGGCUCGUGGGAAGGGGCGCUCCAGCAGCGGCAGACGACCCCUUUGACGUCACAAAGUUUACACUCUUGGAUACGGAGUUGAAAUUUGUGGCACAUUCUGAACGAUUAGUUUCUAGUGUCCGGAACGUUUUCAAUUCGUGGGGCGACUUAUUCGUUUUGACUUUUGAUGGGAAAUUGUAUCGAUAUCACGAGGUUAGCUUGCAAGACAAGCUGGAUAUUCUCUAUGCUAGAAACUUAUAUAUCCUCGCUAUCAACCUUGCACAAAAAGCCGGAGUUGGGGAGCCGAAGUUACGGGCAAUCUAUAGAAAGUAUGCAGAUUACCUGUACGGGAAGGGAGACUGGGAUGGAUCAAUGCAAUGGUACAUCAAGGCCCUUGGCCCCUCAAACGAAGAGGGAAUAAGCACAGUCAUCCGCAAAUUCCUCGAUACGCAAAGGAUACAUAAUUUGAUCGAAUAUCUCGAAGAGCUCCAUAUGCACAAGAUCGCGACAUCUGAUCAUACAACACUCUUAUUGAAUUGCUAUGCCAAGCUAAAGGAUAUAGACAAGCUAGAGCGAUUUAUCAAGCAAACUUCAGGCGAGGGGUUAAUGUUUGAUGUUGAUACAGCAAUUGCAAUGUGCAGACAAGCGGGUUAUUACGAACAAGCCGUGUACCUAGCGCAAAAACAGGGUGAUCACGAAGUUGUCGUUGCAGUUAUGGUAGAGAACUUGGAUAGGAUCUCAGAAGCAUUGUCGUACAUCCAAGGAUUGGACCCCGAGAUGGCAUAUGCGAGCCUAAUGAAGUACGCAAGAACUUUUCUAAAAGAGACACCAGAACGUACAACAGAUUUCUUUGUGGAAUACUAUACCGGAAGGUACUUCCCAGGAAACAAAAUCACGUCAGAAACUCAAACACAGCAUGGUAAACAUGAAUCGGGGAUACAAAGCUACCUCAAUGCUACUUUGUUACAACAAUUGCCCUAUAUGGGUGGAGGCGUGGGAAGUACGGCAACUAAUACACCCACAAAUGUAGCCAACCCGGGGCCAUCUCCUAAGAACGUCCCAGAAUCUACGCCUAGCGAGGGGACAACAGUACCACUUGUAUUACCAAAAGCUUAUAACAUACCGAAACCCCGGACGGCAUUUUCUUCGUUUGUGGAACAUCCAAAGGAGUUUGUUCUGUUUUUGGAGAGAGUUCUUGAGAAUGUAGAAACGGGAGGUUAUGGAACAAUGAACGAAGGUGACCGAACAGAUAUAUAUACUACACUUUUUGAAAUAUAUUUGCAGAGGGCAAACGAGGAAGAGAAGAAAGAAGAGAAAGAAAAAUGGGAGGCCAAGGCAAAGAGGAUUAUUGAAAGUAAAGAGACAUUGGUUGAUACCUCCAACGUCCUUCUAAUCUCCCAUUUAUCGGACUUCCGCGAUGGAACUGUGCUCGUCCGAGAAAAACAAGGCUUGCGAUUUGAUAUAUUCAGAUCCUGUUGCUCGGCCGGAGACACGGCUGGUGCUGUUCGCGCGCUCAAGAAAUAUGGUGCCGAAGAGCCUCAACUGUAUCUUGCCGCAUUAUCGUAUUUUACCAGCAGCCCUAAAGUGCUCGGAGAAGUUGGUGAAGCUGAGCUACAGAGAGUGUUGAAAGUCAUUGAUGAGCAAGGCUUGAUGAAACCUCUGGAAGUUGUGCAAACAUUGAGUACAAAUGCGGUUGCUACUGUUGGUAUGGUGAAACGGUAUCUAGGAGAUACUAUUGAGCGGGAGAGGAGGGAGAUCCAAAACAACCGGAAAAUGAUCGAGACUUACAAGGUGGAAACAGAAAAAAAGAAAGCAGAAAUUGAAGACCUGGGCACAAAACCUAGCGUAUUUCAGGCACAGCGAUGCCAAGCCUGCAAUUUACAGUUGGAUCUUCCUACUGUACACUUUCUGUGCAAGCAUUCCUUCCACCAAAGAUGCCUCAAUCAAGUUGAUGACAAUGUGGAGUGCUUGGCAUGUGCUUCUCCAAAUCAGACUAUUCGGACACUUCGCAAAGCCCAAGACGAAACGUCAGACAGACACGACUAUUUCAAGAUGUCACUGCAAGAAUCUCGGGAUAAAUUUGGCACCAUCAGUGACUUUUUCGGCAGAGGUGUCAUGGCUGUGCCCCCUGUUAUCCCAAACUAA